UGUCCUCGGAGAUCUCCUGGUAAUGCAUCUGAACAGCACGCAGCGCAAUCUUAACAAUUUGGUGACCCCGACGUGAUACUCUCAAUCAGCAAGGUGUCGUGGUUCCUUGUGUCAGCCCGUAUAACACCCCAGUGAACCCGGUCCCAAAACCGGAUGGCACAUGGCGCCUCACUCAAGAUCUACGUAAAAUAAAUGAACUCAUCGUUCCCGUGGCUCCAGUGGUCCCUGACGUUCCUUCUCUUAUGUCUUCUAUUCCGUGUGACCAUGCUUAUUUCUCUGUGAUUGAUUUGUGCUCUGCCUUUUUCAGUGUUCCUGUGGGCCAUGAGACUCAGCCCCUGUUUGCUUUCACACACAGGGGAAGACAAUACACGUGGACGCGGUUGCCACAGGGUUUCAUUGACUCACCGGCGGUCUUCACUGCCGUAUUGCGGGACGCGCUGGCUGAUCUCUGUCUUCCCCGGGGCUCCACGGUGCUCCAGUACGCGGAUGAUCUUCUGGUAACGGCGGAGGAUCAAGACGCUUGUGCUGCCGCCACAUUGUCUCUCCUCACACUCCUGGCGCAGAAGGGUUUCAAGGUCUCCCGCACGAAGUUGCAGUUUUGCCUCACAACUGUUCGCUACUUGGGACAUGACCUCUCCCAGGGUUCCAGGAGGCUUAGCCCGGAACGCGUUCAAGUCAUUAUGGACACUCAGGUACCUGCAACCAAGCACGCUCUCAUGGCAUUUCUGGGCCUCAUCAAUUACUGUCGUCAAUGGAUCCCUGACUGUUCAAUCUAUGACAAGUGUUUGCGUUCAGCUAUAAGUCACUCAGAUCCUUUGACUCAGCCCCUGGUCUGGACUGAGGACAUGCUAACGGCCUUCAAGGCUCUGAAGCAAGCUUUGUGCUCCGCCCCUGCUCUCAGGCUGCCGAACUAUCGUUUGCCGUUUCACCUGUAUGUGUGCAAUCAGAGGGGGACCGCCUCUGGGGUGCUGGCUCAGGAGCACGGGGGGGGCAUGCGACCUUGCGCGUUUCUGUCUAAAACUCUUGACGCUGUGGCACAAGGGCUUCCUGGCUGUCUUAGGGCUGUUGCUGCGUGUGCUCUCAUGGUCACGGACGCUGAAAAACUUGUUUUGUCGCAUCCGCUCAUUUUACACACUUCACAUGACGUCGUGUACAUUCUGCGGAAUCUUAGCACUCAGCAUUUGUCUGCUCAGCGUCGCUCUGGCUAUGAGUUUAUUCUUUUGGCCACAGAGCAUCUCACUGUUAAGCCCUCCUCGUCGUUUGAUUCUGUCGCCCACGCUCUUCAGCGUCUUCUUAACUCACAGGAUGACGAUGUUGCGUUUGACUCACAUGACUGUCUUUCUAAUAUCGUUUUUGAGACUAGCAUCCGCCCAGACUUACACUCCACCCCUCUUUCCACAGGCGAUUCUCUUUUUGUAGAUGGUUCCUGUUCCCGCCCUGCGGAUGGUGUGUUCCUGUGUGGUUACUCUGUUUGUCGCCUCCCUGAUGAAAUUGUUGAAGCUCAUUCUUUGCCUUUUUCUUCUGCUCAGGCUGCGGAGCUCUAUGCUUUGACUCGCGCAUGUAUUUUGGCUCAAGACACAGACGUUACUAUUUACACCGACUCACGCUACGCUUUCGGCGUGGCGCACGACUUCGGCCGCAUUUGGGCGUCUUGGGGGUUUACGACAGCCGACGGUAAGCCCAUUUCUCAUUCUUCCCUCGUUACUGAUUUAAUCACCGCCUGUCUCCUUCCGUGCACGUUGGCCAUUGUUAAGACACGCGCGCACACAAGAGGGGACUCAUUUGAAGUAAAGGGCAAUUCAUUCGCUGAUCGAGUCGCUAAAGCUGCAGCCGCAUCCGGUGUCCUGCCUCCAGGCUUUAAUUGCGCUUUAGUUUCUACUGAUCGCAUGGUUAGCGCUGUCUUACCUGACAUAGAUCUCAUUUCUAUCCAGGCCUCGGCCUCUGUGGCAGAUACACAGUUCUGGGACGCCCAGGGCGCGACAGAGAAGAGUGGCGUUUUGCUUGACGCACAGGGCCGUCUUUGUUUACCUCGUCACUGUACUCCCUUUCUCGUCCGCGAGUUCCAUGGUCCCACUCAUCGCGGCCGAAGAGGGGUAGUGGAGGAUAUGAACAGAACAUUCUGCAUCAAUAAUUUGCACACAGACGCACACAACAUUCUGGACAAGUGUUUAACGUGCGCCCAGAAUAAUCUAUCUAAACCAGGCGCGGUACAUCAGCACCUUCCCAUACCCGACACGCCUUUCCAAGAAUGGCAGAUCGACUUCACUCACAUGCCAAAGCAGGGCCCGUUCAAAUACCUUUUGGUCAUGAUUGACAAAUUUUCACGGUGGAUUGAGGCUUUCCCGUGUAGCAAAGAGAACGCCCGAACAGCAGUGAACAAACUUACACAGGAAAUUAUCCCACGUUACGGUCUUCCGGUAGGAAUUGACUCUGAUAAGGGAACGCCGUUCACCUCUAAGGUAACGCAGGAGCUAUGUAAAGACCUCAAGAUCAAUUGGCGUUUUCAUAUCCCAUACCAUCCACAGUCCUCUGGCAUUGUGGAGCGCGCGAAUAGAACAAUUAAGGGUAAGUUGCGUAAGGCUAUGCAAGACGCAGGCACGAAAAAUUGGGUCCAAGUUUUACCGUUGGUCCUCGCUGAUAUGCGCAUGACUGCUCAGGUCGCUCUCGACAAUUUAUCUCCGUACGAGCUCGUCAUGGGACGCCCCUUUCCUGUCCCUUGGCGUAGAGGCAUGCAGGUUAUAGGAACGGGUGAUCUUGAAGUACAUCUCAGCGAGUACGCGGUGGGUCUCAUGCGGGUGCUGGAUGAGUAUUGGGCGAGAGUAAAUUCCAAAAAGCCUCCCAUUCCAGAGGCACACACUCACCCCUUUGAGGUAGGGGACAGAGUUUUAGUAAAGAGAUUCGCUAAACUAAACGCUCCCAUGGAGGAGUCACCCUACAGUGGGCCCACCGAUGUACUCGCUGUAACUCGCACGGCUGUGCUAACGGACCUUUUUCCACAGUGGAUCCAUGCCAGCAGAAUAAAGAAGGCUCCAAUGUAAUAGAAAUCUAUAUUGUUGAUGC